GCUGCCCCGCUAGCAGCUGCGCCUGUCUGGCGCGAGCCGACCCUCCCCACUGGGCAUGCGCAGGCGCCCCUCCGCCAGCUGCUUGCUCUCCUCGCCUGUUUAGCAGAGGCGCACAGAAGGAGGCGGCAGCGGCAGAAGCAGCAAAAGCGGUCGGAGGCAACUUUCUCCUUUGUUGGGGGAAACUUGCGCGCUCUCGUUCUCCAGCUGGAAACAUUUGCAAAGGCAGGUGGCGACCGUGGCUUCUUCCCUAACAGUGAGGAGAAUUCCCAGCCAUCUGUUCCAGACCUUGAUUCCUCUGCCUGAACUCUUCUGUCCUUUCGCUUAUUUAAGGGAAAAGUGCCGUGAGAUUGCAGAUUUCUACUGAGCAUCAGCCUUGGCCGCUUGUGAAGACAUGGACAAUUAAGAUUUUGACAAAGAAAAUUUGGUCAGGUAUAAAACUCCAAGGUUACUCCAGCGAAGGAGGACACUAAGUUUUCAGAAAGAGUUUUCAUUUGAAGAUAAAGAAGAGCUUGCAAACAGCACUAAGGAUAUCGAUGCCAGCCUUUUAGCAGUGCUUCCUAAAGUUUCUGAAUUAAGAAAACUCUUUGAACCAAACAGGCCAGACACCUUGGAAAUGAAAAGGAAAGAAAGGAUAGCUAGGCGUUUAGAAGGAAUUGAAAAUGAUGCUCAGCCUGUCCUUUUGCAAAAUUGUCCUGGAUUGGUUACCCAUCGUUUGCUAGAAGAAGAUACACCAAGAUAUAUGCGUGCAACAGAUCCCUAUAGUCCUCACUUUGGAAGAUCAAAUGAAGAAGAAACAUCGGAUUCUUCAGCAGAGAAUCAGCCUAGAUCCCGGUACCAAGCAGAAUCCGCUGGAGGAAAAACCAAGCCCCCUUCUUACAGCCCAUUAGUCAUGGAUCCCCAAGGAGUCGAGUCCAAGGCAGAAAGGAUAGCCAGGUACAAAGCAGAGAGACGACGCCAGCUGGCUGAAAAGUAUGGACUCUCAAUCGAUUCUGAUGUGGACUCAGAAUAUUCAUCCAAAUAUGCCAGGACAAAGAAGGAGCAAGAUGUGCCUGAGAAGAGGAUAAUGAAGAGUGAGAAGAAAGAGGACGAAAGUAGAGACUUCAGUUCUCUGUACUCUUCAAAAAUGGAGAGUAAGGAGAUGAGGAGUGCUGCUUCAGAUUCAAAGGAGUACUCGGUGCAGGAGAGGGAAAGUUCUCCAGAAAGAGAAAAACUGCGUUUGAAUGAGGACAGUGAAAAGAAAUCCCCGGACCUUAGUUCAAUUAGGUACGAUACACCUUGUGCAUCAGAAAAUUCCACAUCCUUCUCAUUUCUGGGCCAUGACUCCCCCCUAAGUGAAGUGCCAAGUUCGCCAAAGCAAAUUCGCAGAGCUUCUCUUUCCUCACCAAAGCAGAUGGUAACAACACAAUCAAGUCAUUCCCUCAGUGACACCAGAGUAGGUAGUGCAGGGAAAACAAAACCCGAUUGGUUUCUUCAGAAAGAUUCGGAUGGGGAACCAGCUUCACUUAUCAACUGGCCCUCCAGAGUAAAAGUUAGAGAGAAACUGGUGAAAGAGGAAAAUACCCGUGGAAGCCCUGAACUCGUAACAGACAAUGUGUCUCAAAGAAAGAUUCGCCCAGUGCCUGUUAAUUUCGUGCCUCUUCAGUCAGAAACAUCUGCCUUCCAUAGGGUGUCCAGUCAGCCGCUUGGUUUGCUCUGCCGGCCAGUGCAUGGCUACAUCCAGCCUGCGGGAAUUGCUCAUACAGCUAAGCUGGUGGCUUCAGAAGAACGAGAAAGUCACUUUGAACCAGCUAAUGCUAACUUCUUAACCAGAUUCCCACUGGAUGCUUCUGUGGACAGUGGAAAAACUGACUUGCCUCAGGUUCAUGAACCACUCAAGUUCAGUUACUCCAGUUUGGAGAAUGAACAGGAGAGACAGCCAAUUUUGCCUUCAGCGAUUCAUAGGCAAGGGAAGAGCAGAGAGAGCCGCACAAGAGAAGGUGAUGCCGAGAUACUUCCAGUGAACAAGCCAAAGUCUAUGGAACCUGAGAGAGAUUUAGAGCGCCUGAAGCAGAGGAUGCCUGGAACUUGGAAGAAGACUCACGAGAGCACCGAAAGGAGUGAAAAAGUCAUGUAUCUGCAAAGCGCUAAAGGGAACGUUCAGGUUCGGGAAGAGAUUCCAGUGAGGCACAAAGUCCUUACUCGUUCCCUGUCUGAUUAUACUGGGUCUCCUAAAUUAGAAAUUUUCAAAAGUAAGGAGCAUGUUGCAAAGAAUGAGGUGGAAUUUCGGAGUACUGAAGGAAAAAUCCCUAAUGGUGAAAUUACCAUGGUUGACACCAAAGUUUCUGUUGCCCAACUCCGCAAUGCCUUUUUGGAAACUGCCAAUGCCAGCAAGAAACCUGAACUUGAGUCUCAUUUUGAGAUGCCGACAUCAGGUACUGAUUUGUGUGGCAGUGCUGAACACGAAAGAGGGUCACGAAGGCCAAGACGCUAUUUUUCUCCUGGGGAAAAUAGAAAAACUUCUGAGAGAUUUAGGACUCAACCCAUAACUUCAGCAGAGCGAAAGGAAACAGAUAGGUCUGCAUUCAGUCCAGAAAUGAUAGCUACUGAUGAUGAAGAGAAGCUGGAUGAAAGAGCCAAGCUGAGUGUUGCUGCAAAGAGGUUGCUUUUCAGGGAAAUGGAAAGGUCAUUUGAUGGGAAAGGUAUUCCCAAACCACGUUCAAGAAAUACUGCCGUGGAGAGGAGGCUGAGGCGAAUGCAGGACAGGUCACGCACCCAGCCCAUUACAACCGAAGAAGUGGUCAUUGCAGCCACUGAAUCUACCCCUGCCUCAUGUACUGUGAAUACCCACCCUGUAGUGCCAAGGAUACCUAAUCCCACUGUAGUUAAGAGCACUGUACAUCCUACCAGAUUGCAGGCAUCUGCACACCAAAAGACUUCUGCUAAAGAAGAAAUAAAAGAAGCCAAAGAUGCCCUCGAACAAGAUCAGCCUGCAGAACCAGACUCCUCUACCCUGACCCUGGCAGAGAAGAUGGCCUUAUUUAACAAAUUAUCUCAACCAGUAACAAAGGUGGUCUCCACAAGAACCAAAGGAGACAUUAGACAAAGGAGAUCAAACGCUCGAUACCAAACGCAGCCUGUCACGCUUGGUGAAGUUGAACAGGUACAAAGUGACAGCGGAAAGAUAGCUCCUUUGUCUCCCACUAUUGUAACAUCCGUCUCAACCAUGGUCUCUGCCUUGUCGCCGGUCUAUAGUAAGGAUCUGCAUGUGAAGGCAGCUGAAGAGGAGCCAGCCAGUGAGAUCGCUAAACCUGAUUUCAGGCACCACUCUUUAGUAGAUAAUGUGGAUACUUCAUUAAAAAACAUCCUGAAAACAGAACUGUGGCAGCCUUCGGUGGAAGUGAGAGAGAGCAAGCGCCAGUCGAGGGAGUGCGAAGAGGCAGAGCCCAAGGGAUUUGUAAAACGUGAAGAGAAUGGUUUAAAAAAGCACAGUUCCUUUAAGGAAGAGCCCCCACAUCCUGUUUCUGAUAAAACGGAGGACUACAACAAAGAGAUUAAAUAUGCAUUCCCAAGAAAAAGCAGCAUGGAAUUGUUUAGCCCACAGCCUCACAGUGAGCCUGCUGAACAAAAGGAAUUGGUCAGCAACAUUUUGCAGGAGAAACGGGAAGCCAAAGGCCAGCUCUUUGAGGAUGUGAUGGAGUGUGAGGGGACCGGGGCACGACUGACCCAGCAGAGAGAGCAUGAUGCACCAAUUUCGGAACUUGUGGGAACAGCAGCAACAAAGAGCUUUUCUCAGUCUGCGGCUGUGGUAUCCUGUAGGCAGCAGGAAACCUCUGAGCUCUUGGAGGAGAAACAGAACUCCAGGGAGAGCAAAGCUGAAAUAACGGAAGACACCCUUGACGCAUCCAGCAAAACAAUGUCAAUUAAAGAAAGGAAUUCUGACAGAAUGGGUGCAAAGGCUACUGAUAAAGAUUGGCUUGCUCUUCUCAAGAAGAGUGGCGAAGAAGACUGGAAAAACAGGCUGAACAAAAAGCAGGAGUUUGGCCGGGUAUCUGUUGUUGAACGUAGCCCUCCGCUGCAAGAGAUGGAGCAGCUGUUCACAAAGAAGGAAGAAGGAGGAAUUGCAGAUGAUAAUGCCAUGUCUAAACUGCUUUGGGAACCUGUCUAUGCUUCUACUUAUCCACCUGCUCUACCUGCUGCCCAUAAACUUCAUCCCUUUGUACCUAAUGUUCAGGUCAGUAAUUCUAGUUUGAGAAAGCCAAGCCCUUUGGCCUUUGAGCGUCACCCCUGGAGAUGGAAGCAGCGGGCAUCAGAUGGUGGUGAAAAUCAAAUGACGAUUGAAGAAAGGAAGCAACUGAUCAGUGUUCGGGAAGAAGCUUGGAAGGCCAAGGGUAAAGGAGCAGCAAAUGACUCCACGCAGUUCACUGUGGCCGGCAGAAUGGUAAAGAAGGGCUUAGCCUCACCUACUGCCAUCACGCCAGUGGCAUCCCCUUUCUGCAACAGAUUGAAAUCAACAACACCGAUUUCAAAGCCCCUGGAAGAAAUUGAAGCUAGGCCAGAUAUGCAGUUAGAAUCAGACAUGAAGCUGGACAAACUGGAGACUUUCUUGGGAAGGCUGAAUAGCAAAGUUGGUGGAAUGCAAGAAACUGUUCUGACAGUCACAGCAAAAUCUGUAAAAGAAGUCAUGAAGUUGGAUGAUGAUGAAACGUUCUCCAAAUUUUACCGUGUGAAUUACCCCACCUCUUCGUUGCCUUUGGAGUUAGAUGAGGACUUUGAUGCCAUAUUUGAUCCUGAUGCACCAAAGUUAAUUUCCUCAGUAGCAGAGCACAAGCGUGCAGUCAGGCCCAUGCGCAGAGCCCAGGCUUCCAGGAACCCUUUAAAAAUGCUUGCAGCAAGGGAGGACAUCCUUCAUGAGUAUACGGAGCAAAGGCUCAAUGUGGCCUUUAUGGAGUCAAAACGAAUGAAAGUGGAAAAAAUGUCUGCAAACUCAAAUUUCUCAGAAGUAGCACUUGCUGGCUUAGCGAGUAAGGAGAACUUCAGCAGUGUUAGCCUGCGUAGUGUCAAUCUAACAGAACAGAAUUCAAACAACAGUGCUGUGCCAUAUAAGAAGCUGAUGCUUUUGCAGAUCAAAGGAAGAAGACAUGUUCAAACAAGAUUAGUCGAACCAAGGGCAACAUCGCUUAACAGUGGUGACUGUUUCCUGUUACUCACUCCCCAUUACUGCUUCCUGUGGGUAGGGGAGUUUGCAAAUGUCAUAGAAAAAGCAAAGGCUUCAGAACUUGCAACUUUAAUUCAGACGAAGAGGGAGCUUGGCUGCCGGGCUUCAUACGUGCAGACCAUAGAGGAAGGGAUCAAUACUCACACUCACGCCGCCAAAGACUUCUGGAAACUCCUCGGCGGUCAAACAAGUUACCAGUCUGCUGGAAGACCCGAGGAAGACGAAAUGUAUGAAGCUGCAAUUAUAGAAACAAAUUGCAUUUACCGAUUAGUUGAUGAUAAGCUAAUUCCUGAUGACGACUACUGGGGAAAGAUGCCAAAGUGUACUCUGUUAAAUUCAAAAGAGGUCUUGGUGUUUGAUUUUGGUAGUGAAGUAUAUGUUUGGCAUGGGAAAGAAGUCACACUCGGGCAAAGGAAAGUGGCAUUCCAGCUGGCCAAACACUUAUGGAAUGGUACCUUUGACUAUGCCAACUGUGAUAUCAAUCCUCUAGAUCCUGGCGAAUGCAACUCCCUUAUUCCAAGAAAAGGACAAGGCAGGCCAGACUGGGCUAUUUUUGGCAGGCUCACAGAGCACAAUGAAACAAUACUAUUUAAAGAGAAAUUUCUUGAUUGGACUGAACUGAAGAAGCCUGCUGAGAAGAAUUCUAGUGAAUCUCCCCUUAAGGAAGAGACCAAGUCUGAUGCUAAGCCAUAUGACAUCAUGCGGAUGGUACCUUUGCCUGAGACGACCGUCGGCACGGUCUUGGACGGGAUGAACAUUGGCCGUGGCUAUGGCUUGAUCGAGGGAGAGGAUCGGAGGCAGUUUGAAAUCAUCACCAUCUCUGUGGAUGUCUGGCAUAUCUUGGAAUUCGAUUACAGCAGGCUCCCGAAGCAAAGCAUUGGGCAGUUCCACGAAGGAGAUACGUAUGUUGUGAAAUGGAAGUACCUGGUGAGCACUUCAGUUGGAAGCAGACAAAAGGGAGACUUGCAGACCAGGGUGGUUGGCAAAGAGAAAUGUGUGUACUUCUUCUGGCAAGGAAGGCAUUCCACUGUCAGCGAGAAAGGAACGUCUGCGUUGAUGACGGUGGAGCUGGAUGAAGAGAGAGGGGCUCAGGUGCAAGUUCUUCAAGGGAAAGAGCCCCCAUGUUUUCUGCAAUGUUUUCAAGGUGGAAUGAUUCUUCAUUCUGGGAGAAGGGAAGAAGAAGAAGAAAAUACUCAGAGCGAUUGGCGAUUGUAUUGCGUACGAGGAGAAGUCCCCCUUGAAGGGAACUUGCUUGAAGUUGCCUGUCACUGUAGCAGCCUAAGGUCCAGGACCUCGAUGAUUGUCCUCAACAUUAACAAAGCCCUCAUUUACUUGUGGCAUGGCUGCAAAGCCCAGCCACACACUAAAGAAGUAGGAAGAACAGCGGCCAAUAAAAUAAAGGAACAAUGUCCAUUGGAAGCAGGAUUGCACAGUAGUAGCAAGGUAACAAUACAUGAAUGUGAUGAAGGGUCAGAGCCAAUAGGAUUUUGGGAUGCCUUAGGAAGGAGAGACCGAAAAGCUUACGACUGUAUGUUGCAAGAUCCCGGCAAGUUUAAUUUCACACCCCGCCUAUUCAUCCUUGGUAGUUCAUCAGGAGAAUUCUUGGCCACUGAAUAUAUAUAUCCAUCAAGAGACCCCUCUGUGGUCAAUUCUAUGCCAUUCUUGCAAGAAGACCUCUACACAGCUCCUCAGCCAGCCCUCUUCCUUGUUGACAAUCACCACGAAGUGUAUCUCUGGCAAGGUUGGUGGCCUGUGGAAAACAAAAUAGCUGGAUCUGCCCGAAUCCGGUGGGCUUCAGACAGAAAAUGUGCCAUGGAGACCGUUCUUCAGUACUGCAAAGGAAAGAAUGUGAAGAAACCUCCUAAAUCUUACCUAAUUCAUGCUGGGCUUGAGCCUCUGACGUUCACAAAUAUGUUUCCCAGUUGGGAGCAUAGAGAAGAUAUUGCUGAGAUCACUGAAAUGGAUGCGGAAGCUUCUAAUCAAAUCAUCCUUGUAGAAGACGUACUGGCCAAACUAUGCAAAAAGCUGUACCCAUUGGCUGAUCUCCUAGCAAGGCCCCUCCCAGAGGGAGUGGAUCCCUUAAAUCUUGAAAUCUACCUUUCAGAUGAAGACUUUGAGACUGCGUUACAGAUGACAAGAGAAGAAUACAAUGCACUGCCUUCCUGGAAACAGGUGAACCUCAAAAAGGCAAAAGGGCUUUUCUAAGCAGCGUGUUGGUUGGAAUCAAGGGCUAACCCUACAGUGGAAUCUGUCGACAUUUUCAACACCUCUUGGAACGAGCAGCAGCACAACAAACGAAAUCUAAUGCAUUAAUGUCUGUUCUAAUGCCAAGUAAUAUUGUAAAUGUAUGGAAGGACUCUCUGGCGAACUCUUUUUUGGGGGGCAGGAGGGCGGGGGGCUCAAAUGUUUGGCCAUGUUUAUGAAUCAUGUUCUUCUUCGUACUUUUAGUGGUAAGUUUCUCAGACCACUGCUGCAACACGUCUUUGGGCUACGUACACUACUUGCCAUUUUGAGUUUUGGAGAUGUUCCCUUUGUAAAGUGUUAUUUUGUUAAAGCUGUGGAUUUUCAAAAGAAUUUAUAUUUAUAUAAAACACACAGAACAAGGGUGUAUUUAACAAUGCAAUGUGUAUUAUUCACUUUCAAGGUGUCUUUUGGGAAAGAAAAGUAGUGGGGCAUUGGGGUUGCUUGUUCUGGACUAGUUUAACCACCAAUGUGUGUUUGUGUGAUCUCUCUCUCUCUCUCUCUCUCUCUCUCUCUCUCUCUCUCUCUCUCUCUCUCUCUCAUUCUGAACGGUUCCUCUUCUUAAUAGUCAAUAACUUGGUCUCAGUGCUGUUUCAGGUGCUAAACUGAACAAAGCAUUGUCACACGGGUUUUCUUGGGAAACUCUCUGAAUCCAUCUUUAAUAAUCCCAAAAAUGUAUAGUGCCUUGGUUUUUUUUUGUGUACAGUUUAUAUACAAAAAUAAUGGUCUGCUUUUUGAAGAUGGCUCAGAACAGUCUCCUGUGCUCUACUUUUAUAAUAGUAGGAAUUUAUGAAAACCAUCUCAGUUUCUAGUAACUCGUUGCAACAUAAAUUGUCUUUUGUGAUAAAGACUUAAAGCAAAGCUUCAGAAUAAACUCCUAGCAAUGCA